AAGCAAGGUCGCGAAGGCAUGUCACUUUUCAGUUUUCUCUUUCUUGUUCUUGUAACAGCAAACAGUAGUAGAUGACCAAAACCGAAAUAAGAAAGAAAUAGCCACCGUAACCGUAACUCUAACCGCACUUCUUUUAUCAUCUGGUUGUUACUCGCAACUCUCCUUCCACGCACCGCAAUAUUCCCCCAAUCGCCGCCAUGGUUGAACCUAACCGCAUUUCCGUUCAUCACGUUCUCGGCGCUGGCUUAGUUGCCGAUGUGUUGCUAUGGAAGAAUUGGCGCGGCGGAGUUGCGGUGCUGAGUUCUGCAACCACAUUGUGGUAUCUGUUUGAAUGUGCCGGUUACAAUUUCUUGUCGUUUGUGGCAAAUGUGAUAUUGCUUCUCGUCGUGAUUCUGUUUCUAUGGGCUAAAGCUGCUAAUCUUCUUAAUAGACCUCUUCCUCCUCUGCCUGAUCUGGAGAUCUCGGAGGAAACUAUUGCGAAGCAUGCUGAAGUGCUGCAAAUUUGGAUAAAUCGGGCUUUGUCUGUUGCACAUGAUAUAGCAAUCGAGAGGGAUUUGUUUCUUUGUCUACAGGUUGUUGGUGUAUUGUGGACAAUAUCUUAUAUUGGUAGUCUGUUUAACUUCUUGACUUUGAUCUAUAUAUGUGUUCUUCUUAGCUUGUCACUUCCUGUGUUGUAUGACAAGUACCAGGAUCGAAUUGAUGAGAAGCUUCAUGUGGUACAUGGGGUUAUUCACCCACAUUAUCAAAAGAUUUGCAACAUUGUCUUGAGCAUUAUUCCAAAACGUACAAGCAAAGAAAAGAAGGUGCAAUAGAGUGCAGAUGGUUAGCUGAAGUCUAGUUAGGAGCCUACUGAUGGAUAUGGAGCACUUGAGGUUUUCCUUUUGUUGGGAAGUUGUAGCUGUUUUAAUUCAUGAUUAGUGGUAUGCUAAUUCUUCAGAAGACAGAUUGAAAAAGAGAUUUGAUGUAGAUGACUAUUCUCUUGGAUUUUCAGUGUAUCCCAUUGGAAGAUGCUUUGUGUGAAUUUUGAUAAAUAGGUAUGUACCCUUGUUAAUCUUCACUUUGGAUUAGAUUACCAGACUAGGGGGGUAAAAGAAAGGACCUAAGAACUUGCACAUCGGUUUGUUUUUUUAGGAUGGAAACAUGGCACGAUUUUUUGUUACAAAUAGAUUUUAGUUCAGUUGGUUUUAUGAUGUAUUCCUGAAAGUGUUUAAUCAGUAAUUACCACUGUGUGUACUGCAAUACUUUUAUUUUUUCAAAAUAGGAAUGGAGAACUAGAAAUAUAAAAGUAACAAAAUAUCUCACUACUGCAUGUUCCCGUGUGCUUGCUUCCA